AUGACCAAUUCCUCCCCUCCGACGAGGAACCAACUGCUUUCGAGUCCCGAGAACGGCCUCCUUUCCCGGUUUCUCGUCGAAAGCCGGAACAAUGAGCUGAGCCACCAGAGUGCUCUCGCCGCCGCUCAGGCAGAGCACAAGCGCGUUAGAGAAGCGGCCAUCCGGGUAUAUGAACUCCACGAGCUUCGAGAAGAGCACCAGCGAAUCAUCGAUUUGGAACGCAAGGAGCAGGAAAGACUGCGAGCAGAGGCUGCCUUGGUCGAAGAAGAGAGAAGGCUUCGAGAGCUCAAGGCCAAGACGGUGCCAAAACUCCCUCCCGAGCCAGUGCCAGAACCGCCCAAGAAGGUCGAGCCAGCUCCAGUUCAACAACCCGAGCCUGCAAAACAAGCAGAGCCUGCAAAGGCUCCAGAACCCAAACCGCAGAACCCUUUCGAAACAAAGCAACAGCCGACAUCGAAUGCAGCAGACAGCGCGCCAAAACUCGAGAACCGCGCGCCGACAGCGCAGGCUGCUCCAGCCAUUCAGACGGCCAUCGCCCGAAGCCCAGCGCCUCCUACUGCAUCGGCCCAGAAGAACGCCCUCGCGGAUCGAUAUCUUGAAAUCCAUAAGGAGUUGAAGAAGCUGCGACAGGUGCUGCAGGCUGAAGCAAAAGUCCCUGGGUCGCCCUUGAAGGGCAAGAUGGGAACCUAUCGAAGAGAAAUCCGGGUGUCUAUCGGACAGCUUACAGCUGGGAAAGGCGCCAACGCACAGCCCAUUGCCAAAAUCACGAUGGCGUUGAAAGAGGCACUCGACGGCAAAGUUCCCAGUGCUCCCAUCGAAGUGAGCCGGUUUGUCGUGGGGCAAAGGCAGCCGGCUGAAGGCGCAGCACAUAACGACGCCACGCUGCCUUCUCUCUUCAUCUACCUUUUGAACAUCUGUGCCAAGGGCAUCAUCAACCAGUUCAUCAACGAGUGCAGUGCGAAUCCCAAAGCCGCGGAUCCAAUCGGCGUCUUCACCGCCCAUAUAUUCUCCCAGAAGGAUUUCCUGUGGCGCGGUGAAUCGCUGAUUGACAUCCUCAUGGCCAAAUUUCGAGUCGUCUGCCCGGUCUUGUUUGGGCUGAGAGGAAGUGACAGAACGGAAAGGGGCAGACUAGCCAUAGGAUGGAAAAAGGAUGGCCCCGGAUACGUCACUGAGCAGACUCACAACGACCGGAUGACGGGUCUCGGCGCCGGUUUCGCAUCGAUUUCUCUUCGCGACUUCAGCAAGACAUCCAAGGCGAAUCCAUAUCCGCCAACCAACUACUGGAAGGCGUUGGCCGGCAUCGUCAACUCAUCCCCCAACGAGACUUCAAACACGCAAUAUGUAGUGCUGAGAGCCAUGAUUGAAGGUCACGAGCAGCGGUUCCUGAACUUUUACGGAAACGCAGCCAUUGCCGCACUGCGCCUCGCCUUGCUCGAGUUUCCCAAGAAAGCACCGGCGAAUGCAGCCGCAGCACAUUCAUUGGUGGCCAUGGUAGAGCUGCUACGCAAUGAAGGACUUGUUUUGACCUGA